CACCCACAUUUGAAUAUUGUUUUAGCUCAUCACGCAAACUUCCUGGGCAAGGACUCGAGAGACCAAGUGGGCGGGAAGGAGGGUCUUUAAAUGUGUCCUCUCUUGGAUCUUGCUCAUUCCAGGAGUUCCAGCUGCUGGAGGAGGCUGUGCAGAAGGUACAAUGAGCAAGAUCAGUGACGCCGUGAACCGGGCACGUGAGGCCUUUAACUCAGGCCGGACUCGCCCGCUGCAGUUCCGAAUCCAGCAACUGGAGGCGCUGCGGCGCAUGAUCACCGAGCACCUACCAGAGAUCACCGCGGCGCUGGCCUCCGAUCUGCACAAGAAUGAAUGGACCGCCUACAAUGAGGAGAUAGCGCAUGUGCUGGAGGAGAUUGACACCACAAUCAAGAAACUCCCAGAGUGGGCUGCAGAUGAGCCCGUGGAAAAGACUCACCAGACCCAGCAGGAUGAAUCCUACAUCCACUCGGAGCCCCUGGGCGUGGUCCUUGUCAUAGGUGCUUGGAACUACCCCUUCAACCUCACCAUCCAGCCCAUGGUGGGUGCCAUUGCCGCAGGAAAUGCAGUGGUCCUCAAGCCCUCAGAAGUGAGUGAGAACAUGGCAGACACACUAGCCACAAUGGUCCCUCAGUACCUGGAUAAGGAGCUGUACCCAGUGGUCAACGGGGGUGUCCCUGAGACCACGGAGGUGCUUACCAAGAGGUUUGACCACAUCAUGUACACUGGGAGCACAGCUGUGGGGAAGAUUGUUAUGGCGGCCGCCGCCAAGCACCUGACCCCUGUCACCCUGGAGCUUGGAGGAAAGAGCCCUUGCUACGUGGACAAGGACUGUGACCUAGAUGUGGCCUGCCGGCGUAUUGCCUGGGGGAAAUUCAUGAACAGUGGUCAGACCUGUGUGGCCCCAGACUACAUCCUCUGCGACCCCUCCAUUCAGAACCAAAUCGUGGAGAAGCUAAAAAAGUCAGUGAAAGAUUUCUAUGGGGAAAAUGUUAAGGAGUCCCGUGACUAUGGGAGAAUCAUCAAUGACCGUCACUUCCAGCGGGUCAUAGGCCUGAUUGAGGGCCAGAAAGUAGCCCAUGGAGGUACCUGGGAUGCAGCUUCACGAUACAUAGCUCCCACCAUUCUCGUGGACGUGGACCCCCAGUCCCAGGUGAUGCAGGAGGAGAUCUUCGGGCCAGUGAUGCCCAUCGUGUGUGUUCGAAGCUUGGAGGAGGCCAUUAAAUUUAUCAACCAGCGUGAGAAGCCCCUGGCGCUCUACGUGUUCUCCAACAACAACAAGGUGAUCAAGAAAAUGAUUGCAGAGACAUCAAGCGGUGGCGUGUCAGCCAAUGAUGUCAUCGUCCACAUCACGGUGCCCACUUUGCCCUUUGGGGGUGUGGGGUACAGCGGCAUGGGGUCCUACCAUGGCAAGAAAAGCUUUGAGACCUUCUCCCACCGCCGCUCUUGCCUGCUGAGGUCUCUACUGAAUGAAGAAACCCACAAGGGCAGAUACCCCCCAAGCCCAGCCAAGAUGCCCCGGCACUAAGAGGACCACUGCCCCUGACUCAUUUGUGCUGGCUGUCCUGCCCUUGGAGAAUUGCUCUUGGAGCCUCGUCCUGGCUUCUUGCCCACCUGCUGCCCUGUGCAUGCGCUCACCUCCCAGAUGGCUCACCUCACCCCUCCACAUUCUGCUCUUUGCUGGACACAGAGAUCAAUAAAGCCUUCUGAAGGAAA